CAGGAUUACAUCAGUCGUAUGCRGAUUCCUUGCCUUGACAACAGUUUCACUGACUUUAUAAAUGAAUUAGAAGAUACAACCCUUGAUCCAAAAGGAUUUAAGAAUGCUAGACAAUGGUUUUACCAGACCUGUUCUCAAUUUGGAUACUUCCAGACAUGUGAUAAAAACACCCAAUGCUUGUUCUCCARUCGCCUCGUCUUGGCAGCAGAGCUACUUGUUUGCGAAAAAGUAUUUGAUUUGAGCAAAAAGAUAGUACAGAAAAGAGUGAACUUUACAAACUCAUACUAUGGAAGUGACAARCCUAGAGGAUCUAGAAUCAUAUUUGUCAAUGGAUCCAUUGAUCCUUGGCACAGUCUCAGUAUUUURCACAAUGUGACUUCAUCACAAAUUGCAAUAUUUAUUCCUGGAACAUCUCAUUGUCAAAAUAUGGGCUCCAGUAGAUACACUGACACGCCUGCAUUAAUACAGGCCAGGCAGAGAGUAUCAACAAUAAUCGGAUACUGGUUGAAACUAGAAGACAAGACUAUAUAAGAAAACCAUUCAAUGAAUAUCACAAUUAACAUUUGACAGCUCACUUUCUUGUGGCAUUUUUCCAGUUUUUUUUUUUUAUUUUUUUAUUUUAUUUAAAUACUUAAUUAUUAUUACAUAUAUUUAAU